AUGGCUUCCGCAUCCUCCAAAACCCUAACCGAUUUUUUCAACCGAGCUCCCAAACGCAUGAAACCCACUCUCACCACUAUCUGCAAAUCCGAAGAUAACACCAAUGCCUCCUCCACCCUCUCAGUCGACCAAAAAUCGCGCAUCGAAUACAAUAAGAGCCUCGCUCUCUCCAAAAGAAACCUCAAAAUCUGCACCGAAAGGGUUUCCAAACACAAAGAAUCUUUAGUUGCGGGAUGCGUGAAACUAGAAGAGUUGCUUGUGGAGGAAUCGUGGUUGGAGGCUUUAUCUGGAGAAUUUCAGAAAUCAUAUGUCGUUAAUCUUUCGAAGUUCGUUGAAACGGAGAUUUGCUCUAGUAGAGAUGAUUCUGUGUAUCCUCCUCAGCAUUUGAUUUUCAAUGCUCUUAACACUACUCCUUUUCAUUCGGUUAAGGCUGUGAUACUUGGCCAGGAUCCAUAUCAUGGACCUGGUCAAGCAAUGGGGCUUUCGUUCUCUGUACCCGAGGGAAUCAAAGUUCCAUCUAGUUUGGUAAAUAUAUUUAAGGAGCUUAAGCAAGACCUUGGAUGUUCGAUUCCAUCUCAGGGUAAUCUUGAAAAAUGGGCUGUGCAGGGCGUUCUCUUACUCAAUGCUGUUCUCACAGUUAGGAAGCACGAAGCAAAUUCUCAUGCAAAAAAAGGCUGGGAACAAUUUACUGAUGCUGUUAUCAAGACAAUCUCGCAGAAGAAAGAAGGGGUUGUGUUUCUGCUGUGGGGAAAGUCUGCUCAGGAGAAACUUAGGUUAAUUGAUGUGACCAAACAUCACAUUCUAAAGGCGGCACAUCCUUCUGGUUUAUCUGCACACAGAGGCUUCUUUGGCUGCAAGCACUUCUCUCAAACUAAUCUACAUUUAAAGAAAAUGGGGUUAAGUCCCAUAGAUUGGCAGCUAUAA